GUCCCCCCUCUCCAAGUGGCCGAUCCCCGUCUCUGCCCCCUACUCUUCCGGGUGAUUCCCACUCUGCCCCGAUCGGAUUCCCCUGCGGGCGCAUGCGCCGGAGCUGCUCCUCUGCGACAAUCGAGCAGCGGAACCCCCCUCCCUUUCGAGACCGGUCGAGACGGCUUCAUGAGUGCCAGUGAUCCUGUGCUGGGCCGUCGUCCAAGACCGUUUGGAUGCACCCUCUAAAUCCCUUCCUCCGUGCCUUCUUCCGAAGCACUGUGCCGGGCCAGUGUAUCCCCACCGAGAAUCAUGUCCUCCUAGUGCCCAUCACCGAAUCCCUGGUCGGGUCGCGCGACCGCGAGUCGUCGCUCUUCUACUCCGACCUCGUCGUCUCCGAAGAAUUCCUGGGAAGUCAUACGUUACGAAUACCCGUAUCCACCGGCGCUGGUGGGGGCAAGGAUGACUCCAACAUACGCGACAGUCGGGGCAAGGCCAAACAAGUGACCACGGUGAACGGGAGGACGGUGAUCAUCAAGGAGAAUUCGGUGUAUAGCAACAAAGGCUUCAAGACCCUGAGUCAGGCACAGCUGCUGUCGGAUGCCCUGUAUUACAACAAUAGCAACGACUCUCAGUCAUGGCUGAUUUACUACAUCUCUCGGCCGUUGAUAGGCACAUUCGACCCGGGAAAGAUCAUAACCGCUGUCGUGCCAGGGAUGAUACCGAAGAGAAUUGGUUUGAGCAACGGCGUCAAGUCCCCAGAGCCCGUAUCGUCGCCACCCAAGAAGGAAAUCAAGACUUUCGGAGAACUGCUGGCUCACUUCCCCAUGAUCGCACGGCAGAUGCAGCCAGGCCUGGAGAGAUUGUUUAAGGAGUUUGGGAAAGAACUGGGGAAACCCUUGCCGCCGCCCCCGUCACGGUCCCCUUUGAUGUUUGAUGAAUAUGAGCGGAAGCAAAGUGGCGAAGAGCGUCCCACCGAUGAAGCCGCUUCCAUACGAAGCUCGUCAUCUCGCCAUAGGGAAGGGCUUCCCUUCAAUUCCGAGGAGUACUUUGAGGAUGAUGAGGAUUUGAUGCGCCGGAGCCUGGAAACAGCUGUCACGGCUGCGAUCGACUUGUUCCGCUUAGUCGAUAAACAGCAGUUAUCCUUACUUGGUGCUACUACUGAUCUCACGGGCCCAUUGGUCGAACGGCUCAUUGAACGAUACGUCGCGGAACAGGUACACGGGUCCCUUCUCUUCCCUCGCCUUUGCAGCUUCCGUCAACCGGAGGACGCAGAGCUUGAUGCUCGAACCCGCUACAUGGAGAAUAUCGACAUCUCGCAGGUGGGAAUUGUUGUUGAAGGUGGGCGAGAGGGCAAGCGGGAACUGCUGCAGCGCAUUGGUCGAGCAGUAGAAGAGUUCCGCAAAAUGCUGGAUGCAAAAUGCCCCCAUGACAUGCUAGGUAUUCUGCUUGAGACGGUGAAACUUCUGUCAUAUCCUGGAAACUACGACAGGGCGAACUCGCAAGAGCCAGAAAAGCAGUACGCUCCUGUAACAAUCAACGCCGACGUCCUGGUCUCGUUGUUGCUCAUCGUGGUCAUUAGAUCCCAAGUCAAGAACCUGCAAGCGAGACUGAUGUAUAUGCAACACUUCAUCUACAUCGAUGAUGUCGACAGUGGUGAAAUGGGUUAUGCCCUGAGCACCCUAGAAGCGGUUCUGACUUAUCUUGUGACUGAUUCUGCAGGACUUCGAAGAGCCAGCAUCCGCAACAGGCGCCUCUGGAAUGCCACUAAAGGUGGGCGUGUUGUUGACAUGAAGGCCAUCUUGGAACCGAACGGUGAUCAGGAAUCGCUGGAUGACGUUCCCUGCGAGGCGGAAGAAAGGACUGUUGCAUUUCGAACCAACGAUGAUGCUCUCUGUCAGACCCCCCAUGAACACCUAUUUGUCCCGGAGGCGCAAGUUGCUGGCGAGACCGCGCAUGAUGAAGCCCCCUUCGAACCACCCCCUCUUUCCCAUGUGUUUCCCUUCCAGACAUGGGCGAACGCUUCCCCUCCAAAGGAAGUUCAACGCCCAAUCAAGAAAGUGUCCAUGGAUGUCCGCAGCUUGUCCGAGUCCUCUGGCAUAUCCCUAGCUUCCAGGACCACGGGAAUGGGCUCCAUCGCAAGCGCGAUCGAAGGUGACAGCUCGAUUGAGACUUUGACUAAGACGCAAGACCCCGCUGGCGAUUCGAUUCCAAUGAUGGCCGUGGAGAGUCGCCAGCUGGAAGCCCUCAAGUACCUGCUGAGCCUGCAAGACUACUAUCCGCUGGCGGAUAUUCUCGAAGAUACCAACACUGAUGGGACGACAUUACUAAGUGCUGCUGUUCAGCUGGCUCACAUUGAGAUGGUUGACAUGCUACUGAACUUCCUCUUCAGUUCCACCGACAAGCACACCAUUGCCUCGUACCUGCAGAAGUCCGAUAUGCACGGCCGCACAGCGGCACACUAUCUGUUCAGCACUCCGUCAGUGAUGCAUCGGCUCGAAGGGCUUUUGCCCUGGUGUCAACGUGACAAGCACGGACAAACGCCGCUGUUCGCCCUCUGCAGAUCCUACGAUCACCCGGACUACAAGUCCAUGGUCAAUGCAGCCCUGACGGCCGCCCAAGCCGCCCAAGGCAACGGUAUGCCGCUGCGACUCGACAGCCAUGUGGAUUCCAAGGGCAAUACGCUGCUGCACAUCGUCAGCGACCCGGAGAUUACCAUUCGCAUCCUCCAGGAAUGCGACUGCGAUCCCAACGCCACCAACGACAAGAAGUUCACGCCCCUCAUGAUGGCGAGCAAGUACGGCCGCAUCGACCAGGUUCGGAUCCUGUUCCUAGAUCCUAGAGUAGACGUCCACCUAAAAGAGGCCCGCGGGUUGACGGCGGUCGAAUUGGCGAAGGACGACGAGGUCCGGAACCGCAUCGACGAUCUCAUCCUCCUCUCCGAUCCCCCGUCCGCAUACGACGAACAGUCUGGCCGUGUCACCACCGUGGUGCGCUCGUACUUCGUCGAGGAUGCAACGGUGCGGUUUGUUCUCAAAUCCGGCGCUCCCAACCCGGCCGUCAACUCCACCGAGUCUCGACCUGCCUCCGGCACCACCUUCACGGUCACCACAUGCCGGCGCACUUUCUCAGACUUCGAGAACCUGGCCCGGUGCCUCUCCGUCGAGCACCCAGCCUCCUACAUGCCCUCGCUCUCCGACUUCCGCAGCCCGUUCCAAGUCCACUCCAAGCCAUCUCGCUCCGUGCUCCACGACAUGCAGGAGAAGCUCGACCGGUUCCUUAAAGUCCUUCUCUCGCACCCCACCUUUGCCACCCACGAAAUGCUCUGGGAGUUCUUCCUCGUCCCAGAGCUCCAGCCCGAGAUGAUGGCCGACCGCUCGCACCGCAAGGCCCAGGUCCUCAGCGAGUCGAUCAACGACGACUACGAGCCCGUCACGCCCGAAAGCAUGCGCGAGACAGAGCAAUUCGUCUCGCACGCCCAGGACAUGGUGCGUGCCGUGCACGUCAACACGCGCAGCCUCCUGCGGCGCGGCCACGCCUUCCAAAACGCGGCCUCCGACAUCGCCGACGCCCUCGCCCUCUGCGCCUCCGUCAUCUCCACCCUCAAGGAACCCACCAACGCCCUCCCCCAGUCCCACGUCGACGCCUUCACCCGCUACGCCUCGCACCUCUCCACCUCCGCUUCCGACUCCUCCCCGCUCCUCCAGUUCCUCACCGCCCUCACCUCCAUCGACAACACCACCACCGCCAUCCUCGCCUCCCUCGCCCGCCCCAUCUCCCUCAUCUCCACCCUCUCCUCGACAUCCCGCAACCUCGCCCGCUCCCGCUCCUCCCUCGUCUCCUCCUCCCUGCCCCGCAAAUUCAACAUCAACUUCCCCGGCCUCGAAGAGUCCCGCCAGAAAUCCGUCCGUGACCUCGAAUCCAAGAUCCAGGACUCAGAGGCCCACAUCGCCCGUCUCUCUCGCGAGAUCUCCUGGAACAAGGACGUCGUCGUCGGCGAGUUGGCUGGCUGGACCUCCUGGCGCGAGAAGGUCGGGCGCGAUGCCAUCCGCUCAUUUGUCAGGGCUACCUUGGUAAGGGAGCGUGAACGCGGGAAGAGAUUGGAACGCUGUUUGAGGGGGGUCAGGGACAUGGCUUGAGAUUGAUCUAUCUUACUGACUGACUGUUUGUCUGUCUGUCUGUGGGUGGGUGUAUCUGGGUGCCUAUCUGUGGGUGUGUCCGAGUUGUGUCUGUAUCUGAGUGGCAUUUUUGGCAUGUGUGGCAUGUGUAUGGAUGUUGUUGUGGAUGUGCUCGUGGAUGUGCUCGUGUUUGCUAUAAUAGACAAGUUUGUUCCAAGUGUAGAUUUAUUACCGGUUGCGGUUGCAGUUGCGGUUGUUGUUAUUGUUGUUGUUGAUGAUUUUGAUUGGCCCUGCUUUCUAUCCGAUUCGAUUCCAUUCUUCCUUUCGAUGGCUGUCUUCUUGUCUUCUAUCUAUUUUUUUUCCCCCUCCUGAUUGUCGCUCCUUCUGGUCUUGAUGACUGCCUAGUAUUAAUAUAAUCUCGAUGAUGUGAUGAUGAGACCCUCGCGAUGGAUGGUAUCAUGGUAGCUUUGACUGGGU